GUCACUGCGUAGUGUUUUUCAACCUCAGCCUCCUCUAGCUGCCAUUUAGUUGUCUUAGCUUAGCUAGUGUUAGGUUAGCGAAAGAGUAUUUGAAGAGAAAAGCAUGGCUUUGGUAUGUAAACUUGAGACUGAAGUGGAAUUCAAAUCCUCUGCUGAGAAGAUGUACAACCUAAUCAAGGGCCGAAACCACCACAUCCCCAAUGUUUCAAACGGUAUUCAUGCAGUUGAUGUUCAUGAAGGUGAUUGGGAGACUUCAGGCUCUGUCAAACUUUGGAAAUACACCGUAGAAGAGAAAGAGGAAACUUUCAAGGAGAAGGUUGAGAUAGAUGAUGAAAACAAAAGGGUGACUCUGGUGUGUCUUGAAGGACAUUGCUUGGAUCAUUAUAAGAGCUACAAGGCCAGCUUCAAGGUUACUCCAAAGGGACAAAGUGGAGUCGUGGCAAUAACUUUGAAUUAUGAGAAACGACAAAACGACAGCCCAGAUGCAAACAAGUACCUUCAAUUUUUGGUCAAUGUUAUCAAAGAUAUUGAUGCAUACCUUAUCAAGGACGCUUAAUAUGCACUGCUAUUAAAGCAGUAAAUAAAAGCAUGGAAACUAUAGAUAUAUAUGUAAUUAUGUACAUCAAUAUAUAUGUCCAUCACGCAUGGUUGGUUCAUCAAUAUCCCGUGCUAUGUAUAUAUAUCCAAUAAAUGAGGCAUAUUAAUCGUUUGUUUCCCUGUGACCUUUGUAGUUUGUAAAGCUUGCUUGCAGUCUUUUAUGAUGGUUUUAAUGAAUAUUUAGUGCUCCAUUUCCUA